AUGAAGCGGCUUUUCGCCAGAGCCGUGGAGGACAAAGCCAUGAACCCCUGGCUGCUCUUCGCUCUCCUCGGACUUUGUACAGCAUUUGGGCCCAGUAAGCAGGAAGAGGAGGACUAUGAAGACGUGCCCAUAAACAAGACCUGGGUCUUAUCACCAAAGGUCUAUGAGAGCGAUGUGACUUUGAUCCUAAAUAAACUGCUGCAGGGCUACGACAACAAACUGCGGCCUGACAUCGGAGUGAGGCCAACAGUGAUUGAAACAGCUGUAUAUGUCAACAGCAUUGGACCAGUGGACCCCAUCAACAUGGAAUACACCAUUGACAUCUUCUUUGCCCAGACAUGGUAUGACAGCCGACUGAAGUUCAACAGCUCGAUGAAGCUGCUCAUGCUUAACAGUAACAUGGUAGGCAAAAUUUGGAUUCCCGACACAUUCUUCAGGAAUUCACGCAAAUCGGACGCCCACUGGAUCACCACUCCCAACCGCCUCCUGAGGCUGUGGAGCAAUGGAAGAGUCAUGUACACACUAAGGUUGACUAUUAAUGCGGAGUGUUACCUUAAGCUGCAUAACUUUCCAAUGGAUGAGCACUCAUGCCCACUGGAGUUUUCAAGCUAUGGUUAUCCCAAGAAUGAAAUCAUGUACCGGUGGCAGAGACGGGCAGUCGAGGUGGCAGAUCAGCGGUACUGGAGACUCUACCAGUUUGCCUUUGUAGGGUUGAGGAAUACCUCUGAUGUGGCGCACACCCAGUCAGGGGAAUAUGUGAUCAUGACUAUCUUUUUUGACCUGAGUCGAAGAAUGGGCUACUUCACCAUCCAGACCUACAUUCCCUGCAGUAUGAUCGUGGUCUUGUCCUGGGUUUCCUUCUGGAUCAAUAAGGAUGCCGUCCCAGCCCGCACAUCUCUAGGUAUCACUACAGUGCUCACCAUGACGACUCUAAGCACCAUCUCCAGAAAGUCCCUGCCCAAGGUUUCUUAUGUCACUGCCAUGGACCUGUUCGUCUCUGUUUGCUUCAUCUUCACCUUCGCUGCCCUCAUGGAGUACGGCACUCUGCACUACUUCACCAGCAACAGACAGACCAAGAAGGCUAAAGCCAACAAUAAUACGCAGCAGAAAGCAUCCAGCAUGGUGAACAUCCGACCUGGAACAUCCCUGCUGCAGAUGAACAACAUCGUGCCAUAUCACGAGGAGGAUGACUACGCUUAUGAGUGUCUGGAUGGAAAAGACUGCACCAGCUUCUUCUGCUGCUUUGACGACUGCCGCUCGGGUGCCUGGCGUGAAAACCGGAUGCACGUGCGGGUUUCCAAGAUCGAUUCUUACUCGCGAAUAUUCUUCCCCACCGCUUUUGGCCUUUUUAAUCUGGUUUAUUGGAUAGGUUAUCUGUAUCUAUAA